UGGCAGGGAGGCAGUUCCCAUUGCUGGGCAGGAAGUGUUCUGACUUGCUGCUUGAGGUCUUUGUGAGGCAGACAGGAAUGCUGGCGCUCCACAUUCGCCUCGGAGGGUGUGGAGGGAGCACUGCCUCAGUCUCUACGACCAUUUGCACCACAGGUUUGAAAAAAAGGCACAUUGUUGGAGUGAGGAAGGUACAGGCUGUUCUCCAGGGAGAUGGCAGCGAAGAUAUCCAAAGAAGAGCUGGAGGAGCUGCGUGAAGCCUUCGGGAAAGUCGAUCUGGACAGUAAUGGCUACAUCAAUGACUACGAGCUCCACGACCUGUUCAAAGAGGCCAACCUGCCACUUCCUGGGUACAAAGUCCGUGAGAUCAUCCAGAAGCUGAUGACUGAGGGGGAUAAAGACAAGGACAACAAGAUCAGCUUUGAUGAAUUCGUUUCGGUCUUCCAGGAGCUUAAAAGUAGUGAUAUUGCAAAGACCUUCCGCAAUGCUAUCAACAAGAAAGAAGGCAUCCUGGCCAUUGGGGGCACGUCAGAACUGUCCAGUGCAGGCACACAACACUCGUACUCGGAGGAGGAAAGGUUUGCAUUUGUGAACUGGAUCAAUUCUGCACUGGAAAAAGACCCGGACUGCAAGCACGUGCUGCCCAUGAACCCCAACACAAACGACCUCUUCAAGGCUGUAGGUGAUGGCGUCGUGUUGUGUAAAAUGAUCAACCUGUCUGUCCCUGAUACAAUUGAUGAGAGGACAAUAAACAAGAAGAAACUGACGCCAUUCACGACGCAGGAGAACCUCAACCUGGCACUGAACUCUGCUUCAGCCAUUGGCUGCCACGUGGUGAACAUUGGCGCUCUGGAUCUGCGCGAAGGAAAGCCGCAUCUGGUGCUGGGCCUGUUGUGGCAGAUCAUCAAGAUCGGCCUGUUUGCAGACAUCGAGCUCAGCAGAAAUGAAGCACUGGCAGCAUUGCUCCGGGAAGGUGAGACUCUGGAGGAUCUGAUGAAACUUUCCCCAGAGGAGUUACUCCUGCGAUGGGCAAACUACCAUCUGGAUAAUGCUGGCUGGCAGAAAAUCAACAACUUCAGCUCUGAUAUUAAGGACUCCAGGGCUUAUUUCCAUCUCCUGAACCAAAUUGCACCUAAAGGCAAUAAAGAGGGGGAAGAACAGAUUGACAUCAGCAUGGCAGGGUUCAAUGAGAAGGACGACUUGAAAAGAGCAGAGGCUAUGCUGCAGCAGGCUGAUAGACUGGGCUGUAGACAGUUUGUCACACCCGCCGACGUGGUGUCUGGAAACCCCAAACUUAACCUGGCAUUUGUGGCCAACCUCUUUAACAAGUAUCCAGCACUGACCAAACCUGAGAAUCAGGACAUCGACUGGGGCCUGCUGGAGGGUGAAACCAGAGAGGAGAGAACUUUUCGUAACUGGAUGAACUCGCUGGGUGUGAACCCUCAUGUCAACCACCUAUACGGUGAUCUCCAAGAUGCCCUGGUUAUCCUGCAGCUCUAUGAGAGGAUCAAGGUUCCUGUCGACUGGAGCAAUAAAGUCAAUAAGCCCCCUUAUCCAAAGAUCGGGUCCAACAUGAAGAAGCUGGAGAACUGUAACUAUGCUGUGGAGCUGGGGAAAACCACAGCAAAAUUUUCACUGGUGGGAAUUGGAGGCCAAGAUCUAAAUGAUGGGAACCCCACUCUGACCCUGGCUCUGGUCUGGCAGUUAAUGAGGAGAUAUACUCUGAAUGUCCUUGAGGAUCUGGGAGACGGAGAGAAGGUGAACGAUGACAUCAUUGUCAACUGGGUUAAUGAAACUUUGGCCGGGGCAGGAAAGAAGACAAAAAUUUCAAGCUUUAAGGACAAAGAGAUCAGCUCCAGCUUGCCAGUGUUGGACCUUAUAGAUGCCAUCCAGCCAGGCUGCAUCAACUAUGAGCUCGUAAAAACUGGUAGCCUGACAGAGAGUGACAAGCUGGACAAUGCUAAAUAUGCUGUAUCCAUGGCCAGGAAGAUUGGUGCGCGUGUGUAUGCUCUGCCUGACGACCUGGUGGAGGUUAAACCCAAAAUGGUCAUGACCGUGUUUGCUUGCCUGAUGGGUCGAGGAAUGAAGAGGGCAUAAAAAAAAAAAAGCAAGGACGCUGCGGCCAAUCAAGAGCCGACGUCUGAUCCACAAGCCAUUUGCUGGAUGAAAGGCUUCAGGUUGAAUAAUUUAGCCAUAACAAUUACAAAAAGGAAACCCAAUUAGCAACAGAUGUUAAAGAAUCAUGUUUAAGUUUGGUAGGACUAGGAUUAUAUUUGUAAAUGGGAAUGUGGGAUUUAGCGAAGGGAGGGGGCGAUGGGUGGGGUGGGCUUUUUUUUUUUUUCUUUUCUUUUUUGGACACCAGAUUAAAGGUUCCAGCAGAUCUGUGACUGGUACACGCUUUUCUACCUGAACGAAGCAAGAUGACCAAAACACAUCCGUAAUGGAACCUAAGCCCUGUUGGACUGUGCCAUGUGUAUUUUAUUUGCAUAUUUGAUAAUGGAGGAACAUACUCGAGUGACUGGUGUCAUUUUUAAAAUGUACAUCUUGAAUCUGACUGCUCGAAAGUGUUGUGUGUGAAUAUGGAGACAAGGCCUUACUCACGUGCAGUAUUGCCAAUAUGCAGUACAUAAUCCUGUGGCCUCUUUAUAAGACAUCAGAUGAGAUGCUUAUUUUCCUAGUGUUUUAUACAUAAGUAGAGUUUAUGGUAAAGCAAUUAGAACUACAUAAACAUCCUUUGCAGGCAGAAGCUUUAACACAUUCCAUAGUUAUCUGAUUUUACUGUGUCUUAUGUACAUGUAUUCAUAAGUGUGCUUUUUACAUAGAGAAAAGGACAAUCCAAACAAAGAGAACUAUGCAUGAACAAUCUUUCACAAUCUUAAAUUUAUUUAAAGCAAUACACUCCUGGGAAUUUGACAAAAGCUUUAAAAAUUAGCAAAUGGUAUGUAGGCAGUAAAAAGGAAAAAAAACAAAGAUAAAAUGGUAAAUGAGGUUCAGGAUGGAAUCUGUCUUUGUGGGUUGACUAAUGUUGGAGAUUUAAAAAAAAAAAAAAACUGGAACUGCCUGGAUUUAUUGGAGCAUGUUGACUGGACAUAUGAUUAAGACCAAAACAUUGUAAACGUUUCUUGUGACUUGACCAUCUGCAUACUGAAAAUAAACCAGUUCAUAAUGUC